AUUAAAACAGGAAACUAUAUGUAUAGAAAAUUAAAGUUCUGCUCCCGGCACUUUUUGAUAUGCAGACUGGACAAUAUUAUGUUAAAAAAUUAUAACUGCAGUUGUUCUAGAUAGCGAGACAUCACAUCGAUAAACUUAAGUCACAAAAGAAAAAAAAAUUUGAUUUACCUUGAACACGUACAUCACAUAAAACUAAAAUGCAGAUGAAAUGCUCAUCUUUAUAAUAAUUCAACUAAUAGCUGUAGAUUUCAAUAGUCCAAUAAAGAUUUUUCUUUAAUGAUUUUUUUGUGUCUACAAUCUAUGUCACCCCUUAAGUCGCAGGUUCCUGAGCCACUCCAGCCAUUGCAGCCACUGCAGCCAGUUGAGCCGCCCUCGCCGCAGCCGAUCGAGCCAUCGCCAUCACCACUACUGGAGCCUUCGCCACAGCCAUGCCCACUGAUGCCACCCACACAGCAUCCUGACACUGGUGCAAAUGCUUCCCAGCAAGUUACCAGCCAGGAUGCAGGUGUGAGUGCGCAGCUGCCGCUUCCACUGUUGGCCCUCGUGAAUGAUGAGGUCCACCUGGGAAGCGGCGUUUUUGUUAAACAGGAGCAGUGGGCAUAGCUGCUGUCGCGGCCGAAGGACUCGCUGUUCUGUAAGGAGGCCACGAAGCUCCUGUGGGGUAUCCCUAACCUUAGAAACAGGAGCCUCACAAGAGCACCUUGCCGGCACUUCGUGCGCCAAAAAGACUAGCAGGCGCCACCGAGGAGGGCCCUGACACCACGAAAGCUGC